GUGAUUGGUGGGGCGGUGAGUGAGGAGGGUGCGUGACCGUCAGCAACCUCUCCAUGCAUGCAUGCAUGCAUUCAUUCAUCAUCUCUUCUCGAUCCCUCCCAACUCCGUCCUGAGAUCCAUCCCAGAUGUGCCAUCUGGUAACACGUAUGAGCCAGGCCUAGGAAAGGAGUCAUGAUCACGGCCUGGAAGAAGCUCACUACCCGCUCGCCCGAGCCCGGUCACGGCGAGGCCAAUGGCGGCGGGGCCUGGACGCCCCCCGCCGUCAAAGGGGGCGGCUCCCCACUGGCCCACGCCACCAGCCCGCUCAACAGCCAACUGCAGCAAAAGUUCGCUCGAGGCGUGGAUUGUAAUCUGCAGAUCGUGAUUCGCGGCGAUCACGGCACGGGCAAGACCGUGCUCUGGCAGCGCCUCCAAGGCCAGGGCUUCCAAUCCGCCCACCAACCCACCCACGAGAUCCAAGUGGCCUCCAUCCAUUGGAAUCACAAGGCCUCGGACGAUAUCGUCAAGGUCGAUGUGUGGGAUGUGGUCGAUCGGGGCAAGAAACGCAAGGUUCAGGUCGAUGCCUUGAAAUUCGAUCGCACGGGCGGUGCCGCCGCCGACGCCACGGCUGCCACGGCCGCCGUUUGCGAUGCUAGUUUGGAUGCUGAGUUUUUGGACGUUUAUAAAGGCACUCAUGGGGCCGUGUUUAUGUUGAAUGUGGGCAAACCCUGGACGUUUGAUUACGUGAAACGCGAGGUGCCCAAAGUGCCCCAGGGUAUCCCCAUCCUCAUCAUGGCUAAUUUCACUGACCUAGUCGACCAACGCUGCAUUGCCACGGACGAAAUCCGCAUCUGGAUGGAGGCCGAAAGCUCCGCGGGUCGAACCCUGUGUCUGACCGAAUGCUCCUUGUUGAAUGGACUAGGACUUCGAUAUCUGCACAAAUUCUUCAGUCUGCCCUAUCUGACCUUGCAGCGGCGGUAUUUGGAACAACAAUUGGCCACUAACCAAGACGAGAUACGGGCCAUGAAAUUUGAACUGGAAACUUGCGCUCCCGGGUGUAGCAACCGGGCCCAGGAGCUGCACGCAUCGGUCAAUUUACCGCCUGUAGUGGUCGUACCGGAUGGCGAUCCAAAGGUAAAUAUCGAACCCGGAAAAGUGGAGCCACCCAGGGAUGAGGGUCGGGGUCAGAGCCCGACCGUCGAGUCACAUGUAAGAUCUUCGGAGACCCUAGUCUCAACCCCUGGGCUAGUUAGGCGGUCAUCAGUGCCCGACGUUGAUGACUUCAUUCCCAUUGAAACUAAAAACAGCAUUGACACGUUUUUAUCGGACGAAAAUGGCCUCAGAAGCGAGGCAAGCCCGACAGCGGCCUUGGAAGAGAGCGAAGAUGAAGAGGAGGACGGCAAUCCGAUGGUGGCCAAAGUCCAAGAGGAUGUCCAUUCGGACUGAGGGCUGAAAUAGUAUUUUUUGUUAUGUUUGUUCUGCCAAAUUUUACGCGUUCAAAAAAGAACCCAGAUGCAUUUGAA